AUGGAGGGGGCCGCUGCUCCCGCGGCCGGGGACGGCCCCGACUUGCGGCCGGGGGCUCCGGGCUCUCCCCCGGAGGUGGUGGCGGGGGCCACCGCAGCCCCCGCGGCGGCGGCGGCGGCGGCGGCGGCGGCAGCGGCCCCGGAGCCCAGGAAGCCGCACGGGGUGAAGCGGCAUCACCACAAGCACAACUUGAAGCACCGCUACGAGCUGCAGGAGACCCUGGGCAAAGGCACCUACGGCAAAGUCAAGAGGGCCACCGAGAGGUUUUCGGGUCGAGUGGUUGCUAUAAAAUCCAUUCGUAAGGACAAAAUUAAGGAUGAACAAGACAUGGUUCACAUCAGACGAGAGAUUGAGAUCAUGUCAUCCCUCAACCAUCCUCAUAUCAUCAGUAUUUAUGAAGUGUUUGAGAACAAAGAUAAGAUUGUGAUCAUCAUGGAGUACGCAAGCAAGGGCGAGCUAUAUGAUUACAUCAGCGAGCGGAGACGCCUCAGCGAGAGGGAGACCAGACACUUCUUCCGGCAGAUUGUCUCUGCUGUGCACUAUUGUCACAAGAAUGGCGUGGUCCACCGGGACUUGAAGCUGGAAAACAUCCUGCUGGAUGACAACUGCAAUAUUAAGAUUGCUGACUUUGGGCUUUCCAACCUGUACCAGAAGGACAAGUUCUUGCAAACCUUUUGUGGGAGCCCACUCUAUGCUUCUCCUGAGAUUGUCAAUGGGAGACCUUACCGGGGGCCAGAGGUGGACAGCUGGGCCCUGGGCGUGUUGCUUUACACUCUCGUUUAUGGAACAAUGCCCUUCGAUGGUUUCGAUCACAAAAACCUCAUUCGGCAGAUCAGCAGUGGAGAGUACCGGGAACCUACACAGCCGUCAGACGCCCGAGGACUCAUUCGGUGGAUGCUGAUGGUGAACCCCGAUCGCCGGGCCACCAUCGAGGACAUCGCCAACCACUGGUGGGUGAACUGGGGCUACAAGAGCAGCGUCUGUGACUGCGAUGCGCUCCACAACUCCGAGUCGCCGCUCUUGGCUCGCAUCAUCGACUGGCACCACCGUUCCACGGGGCUGCAGGCUGAGGCCGAAGCCAAAAUCAAGGGCCUGGCCAAGCCCGGGGCCUCCGAGGUCAUGCUGGAGCGGCAGCGGUCCCUGAAAAAGUCCAAGAAAGAGAACGAUUUUGCCCAGUCCGGCCAGGACUCGGUGCCCGAGAGCCCAUCCAAGCUGAGUUCCAAGAGGCCCAAAGGGAUCCUGAAGAAGCGAAGCAACAGUGAACAUCGCUCCCACAGCACCGGCUUCAUCGAAGGCGUCGUGAGCCCUGCCCUACCCUCUGCUUUCAAGAUGGAGCCCGACUUGGUCCGGACCGCCGUGCCCCUCCCAAGCCCCCCCGAGGCAGAGGUGCCGGGCAAGCUCAGCCCCAAGCAGUCGGCCACGAUGCCCAAGAAGGGCAUCUUGAAGAAGACCCAGCAGAGAGAGUCAGGUUACUACUCGUCCCCGGAGCGCAGCGAGUCUUCAGAGCUGCUGGACAGUAACGACGGGCUGGGUAGUGGCCUCCCUUCCCCCAGCCCCCCGGACCCCACCAGGGGGACGUCCCACGGCCUCUCGUGCCGGAGGAAGGGCAUCUUGAAACACAGCAGCAAGUACUCAGCAGGCACCACGGACCCGGCCCUCGUCGGCCCUGAAAUGCCCACACUGGAAUCCUUGCUGGAGCCCGGCGCCCCCGCCGAGGGCCUCUCCCGGAGCUACAGCCGGCCCUCCAGCGUCAUCAGUGACGACAGCGUCCUGUCCAGCGACUCCUUCGACUUGCUGGAUCUGCCGGAGAAUCGCCCUGCCCCCCCGCGCAUCCGCAGCUGCGUCUCUGCUGAAAACUUCCUCCAGAUCCAGGACUUUGAGGGGCUCCAGAACCGGCCCCGACCCCAGUACCUGAAGCGGUACCGGAACCGGCUGGGAGACAGCAGCUUCUCCCUCCUCAUGGACAUGGACGAUGUGACUCAGGUCUACAAGAAAGCGCUGGAGAUCUGCAGCAAGCUUAACUAG